CAGCGCCUUAAAUUGACGCCGUUUCUAUAUAUUUGAAUAUGAAUGUUAUAUUGAUCGCAGUGGUAUCGUAGACGUCGUCGUACCGACAACAACAACCGCGACACUCUCCUCGGCAAUACAGUGAGCGUAUAAAACGGAAAUAUGAACAUAAUCGAUAGGAUUAACGGGAUCUAAAAUCGGCGGACAAUAUGCUCGGUCGUCUAGACGGAGAGGGUGACGAGGCAGAAGUGAGCAAGUCUUUGCCACCACCCUUUCUUCCCGGGUACCCCCACCCCUACAUUACACCACGUUUACUUGGCAGGGACAAUUAUCGACGAUCUCAGCACUUCGAUUACGUUCAGAGUGUUCCACAAUGGGUGGGUUCAAGAAAGCCAGGAAUCGGCGGCGAUCACAUUCCCGGCCAGCUACCGCGUUCGCGUCAUUCCCGACUACCAAUGACCAACCGCACUGGUCCAAGAUGGGCGGCUUUUGAUAAACAAGUAUUGUGCUUUGAUGCCUAUUUCAAGGAAGCAGUGUUUCUUUCACACGAACAAUACAGAAUAAGAAAAUGUAAAAUAAAGUUUUUCCUGGCUGACGAUUCCAUAGUGGUCGUGGAACCAGAAACGCGCAACAGCGGCAUGCCACAGGGUAAAUUUUUGAAAAGACACCGUAUACAGAAACCGCCCCCACACAACGAUGAGUACUACAUGGCAGAAGAUUUCAAUAUCGGGAUUGACAUAACGUUGUAUGACCGAACAUUCCACAUCACAGGAUGUGACGCAUUCACAAGACAAUUUUUUGACAAAAUGGAAAGAAAACUGAAUUCACCAGAGGCGACACCCUAUGACCCUUACCAGGAAUGGAGAGAUAACGAGAUGGACUCUCCUCGUUCACGCCGUCCGUAUGAGAGCACGGACAGUCUGAAGCAAUUUUUGGAUCACGACGGACAGGUUUUGCGGUUCUACUGCUAUUGGGACGACAGGGAAUCGUUGUACGGAGACAAACGUAACAUGAUAAUGCACUACUAUUUGGCCGACGAUACAAUAGAAAUACGGGAAGUAUUACCUCCUAACUCCGGCAGGGAGUUGAUAGGACGUGUUUUCUUACACCGAUCGAAGGUUUCGAAGCCAAGGGGUAGUUUCUUACCUCAGAUCAGCAAUAAUAACAAUCUUUUACUCAAUGUGCUGGGAAGCGGGAAACAACAACGGCUGAUGUUAGAUAGAUCAGACCCUGGUCCACACUUCACGGAUAAGUACACCGCCAAAGAUUUGAAGAUCGGGGAGACCAUCAACGUCUGGGGAAGGAAGUUUACCAUUUACGACUGUGACAAAUUCACCAAGGAAUAUUUACAAACUCAGUUGGGAACCACUGAUAUCCAACCUAUCAAAGCAGGCACACCGAAGACGCCCUCUGCGUCCAGCAGCUUCCCACCGUAUAAUGGUUAUGGUUCGGAAGAUGAUUCUUUGGCAAAUUGCUAUCCAUCUAAAUUGGAGCCAAGGCGGCCAGUCAAAAGUUACGUAAAGUUUGUGGACAAGGAGAAAGAUGUCUUGCGAUUCAACGCCAAACUCAUUUCUACCGAGCCGACCAACUUGGAUAGAAAAUUCAUCGUCUCGUUUUAUUUGAGUGACGAUACACUGAGUGUGUUUGAACCGCCAAGUAGAAACUCGGGAUUUAUUACCGGGAGAUUCUUAGAGAGAACUCGAGUGAAGAAACCCAACCAACCAAUGUUUAACACCAAGAAAGAAGAAUACUACGAACCACAAGACAUGUUUGUAGGAAGUCACGUGAAAUUCAACUUUCACGAAUUCUACUUGAGCGACGCCGACGAAUUUACCCUCAAUUAUAUGGAAAAACAUUCAGACGAGUUGGUUUUUGUUCAUUUUAACAUUGCUAUAAUGUUAUUUGAGAAAUGGCACUGCAAUGGUGAACAACUUCCGGUUGUGCCUAAUUUUUGUUAUCUGGGUAUUACUUUUUCGAAUAAUGGUCACUGGUUUAUAUCCCAAAAAGUGAUUGCCGAGCAGGCGAGUAAAGCAAUAUUUGCUUUAAAUAAGAUACUAGCAAAAUACAGUGAUAUUGAUGUACAAAUGUAUUUAAAGAUUUUUGACUGUAAAAUUUUACCAAUAUUGAUGCAUGGCAGUGAAGUUUGGGGUUUUGACAAAGGGUAUAAAGAAGCGGAAAACAACCGUAAAUGUUGGGCUUUCCAAAUCAAAGAACUACUAUUUUCGCACGGUUUGGUUAAACCAAGGCGUGGAAGAUAA